CAAUGUCUCUAAAUACAACUAUGCCAUAUUAUCGUAAUACAUCAAGAGAGGUUAAAACUGUCAGAGAAAUUAUACAAGCUGAAGCAAUUAAAAGUGCUAGAAUUUUGAAUAGAGAUAAAGUCAAAGUUAAACAAAAUACAUCAAUUGGAGAUUGUAAAAUUAUAUGCUUUAUCAUAAGUGAAUCGUAGUAAAAGAAAAACAAAUAAUUCAUUUUAUGAUAAUAGAAAUAUAACUUAGAAUGAAAAUGCAAAUAUAUUGUAAAGUUAUUUAGCAAAUGCAUUCUAAGAGAAAAAAGAACAUUUAUAAAGGAUAUAGAUACAAGAAAUUAAUAAUAAAAAUAAAUUAGAAGAGAAUAAAUAGAAAGAAACUAAAUAUUUAAUGAGAAUAGCAGAAUUAGAAAAAGAAUCAUCAAAAUUAACUGAAAUGGUAUCAAAAUUAAAGAAAGAAAAUACAUAAAUAAAAUAAUCAAGUAAUAGAGAAUCUAUAGUAUUGUAAUUAUAAGAAUCAUUAAAUUAAUAAAGAAUAGAAAAUUAAAUACUUAAAAAAUAAUUAAUUCAUUUAUAAAAUACACAUAAUAAUAUUAAUAAUAGUAUAUAAAAAAGAGUAGAUAUUUAAAAGAGUAUUACAUUAAAUACAACAUAUACAGUUAAUACAGCUAAUACAACAAAUAAUACUUUUAAUGAUAUUAUAAAAUCAAAAGAGUAUAUACCCAGUUAUUUACUUGCUUUAAGUUUAGCUGAAUGA